UAGAGUGUUAAAUAUUGUAAACAGGCGUUUUUGGGGUUUGCGAGAUAUUAUUAUUCCUUGUGUCUUUGUUGAAAAGAAGUGCAAAGAUUUAAAUAAAAUGGCCGACGAAGCAGAGCAGCUCAGCCAGGUGAUUUUGCCGGUGAAGGAGCCCCUGGAUCUCAUCCGAUUGAGUUUGGAUGAAAAGGUGUACGUAAAGAUGCGCAACGAAAGGGAACUACGAGGACGUCUGCAUGCCUUUGAUCAGCAUUUAAACAUGGUGCUGGGCGAUGCGGAGGAGACGGUAACCACUGUGGAGAUCGACGAGGAGACCUAUGAGGAGGUCUACAAGACCGCCAAGCGUACCAUUCCCAUGCUAUUCGUUAGAGGCGAUGGAGUUAUCCUGGUUUCACCACCCAUGCGGGUGGGCUAGUCUCAAGUCUCGUUCAGUUUUAAGUCCAAUCACCUGCAUUUAUACAAGAUGUAUCUGUAUAGAUUAAUAAAUUCUUUAAAACGAAA